AUGCCAGCACGUACAAGCAGUAUUCCCAAAAAACCGUUGAGUUAUAUUUGGGAUGAUUAUAUGCAAGUCUUGAAAAAUAAGACGUUCAUGGGCAUGACCCUCGGCUUGCCAAUGGUGGCGAUGCCUUUGAUGCUAUGGAUCGCAUUGUCUCCAGUGAUGUUGGUUGAGGAACUGGGACUCAGUAGUAUGCAAUAUGGUCUGGCGCAAUUCCCUGUAUUGGGUGGGUUGAUUCUAGGUACAGCAAUUGUGGUGGUUGGGAUCAUUUGGCGCGAAUAUUUUCUUCAUUGCGUUAUUUUAGGCAUGACCUUAGUCAGCUUUGGCACUGUCGCUGCUGCUGUUUCAGUGUUGAUGAUGUUCACUUUCUUCUUUGUGAUUGAACUGAUUCGAAUUCUGCAUAUCCCAAAUAUAUUUCAAAGGCAUCGCAAUAAAGAGAAGAAGGAGAAAGGAAAUACCUUCAAGAAAACCAACAAUACCGUCCUGCUGUUGCUGUUCAAAUUCAGUGAUAUAAACACACCCGAUAUAGGUUUUGUGUUCACCUUCAUCUACAACGGGAUUCGAUUCAGCCAAAGUCAGUUUACGCAAAGAUUUUUCGGUUUCUUUGGUCUCAAGAUCUGUUUUUACAACUUUCUCUCCUGA